GCGAGAUGCUUUGUAUCUGUGCAUGAGAGCGGGAGACUGCUCAGCCGAACAAAUGCACGAAAUACGGCGCCCUGCGCAAUUCUCGCUCUUUGUAUCUUGUACCAUCGCGCGCCACCAGCUGCACUCGGUAUUCCUCCGGUAUCACGCCAUCUCGCUCACUUGUAGGAUCUGGCCGAUACCUUCGCCUAUAAGAAGCCGCCCAUUACGCUCAGAGGCCUAAUUAGCCACUGACAAUGGCCACCAUCACCCAGACCAUCGACAGCUUGACCGGCAAGGCUGGUGUACUCGGCGUCAGAGGCAGCACACAGCCUCUUCCUCGCAAUCACUCCCUCGACAAGUACCCCUCUAUCGCCUCCACCCCUUCUAUCGGGCAGGAGUUCAGCUCAGAGCUCCAGCUGUCCGAGAUCCUUAAGGCUGAUAACAGCGACGAACUUAUUCGAGACCUGGCGGUAACCAUCUCGCAACGAGGCGUGGUAUUCCUCCGCGCACAAGACUUGGAUAUCGAAGGUCAAAAGCAUCUUGGUAGAAAGCUCGGUGAGCUGUCCGGCAAGCCCAAGGACUCAACUUUGCACGUCCACCCUACCACUGAGAUCACAUCUUCUAAGGGCGACGAGAUAUCCAUUAUCAACAGCGAACGUCAGAGUCGCAAUGUUGGUGACACCUCUAGGCUCGCCUCCCACCUCUGGCAUUCGGACAUUACAUUCGAGCCCGUGCCCAGCGACUAUGCCAUACUCAAGCUCCACACCAUCCCCGAAUCAGGCGGCGAUACUGUAUGGGCGUCUGCUUACGAGGCAUAUUCCAGAAUCUCUCCUGAGCUUGCUAAAUUCUUGGAGGGCAAGGAGGCGUUUCAUGAAGCUGGCUUCUUCAGGAAGGCGGCUGAGCAGUACGGGAUUGAGCUGAGGACUGGCCAGAGAGGGUCACCUUUGAACCAGGGCCUGUCGCUCUCUGCUAUACAUCCCGUGAUUCGAGUCAACCCCGUCACGGGCUGGAAGGGUCUUUUCGUCAAUCAAGGCUUUACUCGACGUAUUCUCGGCGUUACCAAAGACGAAUCCGACUUUCUUCUAGACUAUCUCACCAAACUUGUGACCAACAAUCACGACCUUCAAGUUCGCUUCAAAUGGGGCACCAACUAUGCUCCCGGCAUUGGGGACAUUGCCAUCUGGGACAACCGAUCCACACAACACUCAGUGAUCCUCCUUUUUACAAUCUUUCCCUGUUCUAUAGAGAGCUGACGCACCUCUAGGCGACCUUUGACUAUGACAACGCCCACCGCGUCGGAGACAGGGUAGUCUCCAUCGGGGAGAAACCCUACUAUGACCCUGCAGGGGUGUCCAGGCGCCAUGCACUCGGUCUCCCUGACCCUGUUGAAGGAGCGUUGGGGGAGCUCUACAGGGACACCUUGAAGUAGUGAUUUUGAAGUAAUGAGGAUGCAGCGUUUGUAAAGGAAAGUCAAUACAGUCCAAGUUGUAUAUGUAUGAGUCGCGUA